CCCUUCUAGCACAUGUUGACGGACACGCCCACUUUUGCGGUUCGAAUUUAAUCAUAAUUCUCUCUGAAAAACUUUCGGAUUUUGCCAAAUUUGAAGCGAAUUCGGACUAAAAUGGACGCAUCGGGUAACAAACAACUUUCCUCGGCGCAGAAGGAAGAACUUAUGGACCAGGUGAAACAGCAAAUGGCCAUAAUGACUGCUCAAGAACUCCUCUCCAAAAUGACUGAGAAGUGCUUCAAAAAAUGUGUCACGAAACCUGGCACUUCAUUAGACAGCUCUGAACAGAAAUGUGUUGCCAUGUGUAUGGAUCGGUUUAUGGACAGCUUCAAUUUGGUGUCAAGAUCGUACAGCAACAGAUUACUUCAAGAGCGAAAUAAUAUGUAAAGGAUGAGAUAGACUCUGUGAAAAAUCUAGUUAUUUUUCAAGUGCGUUGAAUGAUGCAUUCAUUGUUAAAUUACAUAAUAUAUUAGGGAAUCUAUCAAAAAAGUUUUACUCCAGCAUUGUAGAAUAUUGGCGUCACCUGGCACAGACCUUGAAACUUGUUUUUGGGAUGCCUGUAUUUUACUUCCAAACAGGAUACAUCCUAAAUAUCCUCACUUAGUGGGUUGUGUGUUGUAGUGCCCUUAUUCACAGUCAAGGAAGGAAAGAAAGAAGUGCAAAGUCUGAAGAUGAAUGUGCACAACCAUGUCCGUUUUAUCGGCAGCAAAAAUAAAAGAAUAUAAUAAAUAAUAUAAAAACUCA